AUGGAUAGAAACUUAGUUAAACUUUCAAGAAACUCCAUUUUGCAGGAAGAAACCCCACACGAAGUAUACAGCGAAGAUGAGGAAGGGAAGACCAUAAUAUGGCACUUGCCUCGUAACAACUUCACCAUCAUGGUGCUGUGGUCCCAAUUCCUUGUCUCCGCCUCAGAGAUAGUAGUCAAUGGCACACAAACCGGCAGUUUUCAUCUGCACCUGGACAAGGUUGAUGAGAGUUGGGUGCAAAAACUACCAGCCCUAGAUUAUGCAGUUAUCUCAACCGCCAACUGGUUCUUCAGAUCCAACUACGUGUACGAGGGUGGUCAUUUUCUUGGAUGUAUUUACUGCCCGGACCCAAACGUGACGCACCUUGGCCCUGACAUUGUUAUACAAGGAGCUAUUAGGCUUGCUCUUAAGUCCAUCAACGACUGCAACAACUGCUCGAGGAUAGUGACUUUACUGAGAACAUUCUCACCACCCCAAUUCGAGAACGGCACAUGGAACAUGGGAGGUACUUGCAUGAGAACACGCCCAUUUGCUCCAGAAGAGAUUAACAACAGUGGCCUGGAUUUGGUUUACAGGAAUGCCCAACUGGCAGAGAUUGAUAAUGCCCGCAAAUUGGGAGAGGAAAAGGGAAGAGCAUUUGAUGUUAUAGAUGUUACUGAAGCUAUGCCAAUGAGGCCUGAUGGCCAUCCUGGAUUACAUUGGGAUAACCGAUGGAACAAGGGACUGAGUGAUUGCAUCCAUUGGUGCUUGCCAGGGCCUGUUGAUACUUGGAAUGAAUUUUUACUUGAAUUGCUCCGAAGACAUUCCAGCUUUCCUCUGAGCUCUAGAAGGCAUGCAUCAGAAGAUGUUAAAAAUCAAUACUCGAACAAUGAAAGAGUUUUAAACUCCAACAAGGUCACCAAUGGAUUUAACGGUUUGUUGAGGUUGAGCCGGUCCUAG